UGAUGUUUUUAUUGCAGAAUCGUUAAAAUCGUUUUUCACUAGCUCUCUGUACUUCUUUUUCUCUUCUUUUAGUACUAAAUUUUGCACUCAGGCUUAAAAUAAAUUAUGCAGUAAUGCACUUUCCGGCCUAAUUGCUCCAAAGAUGGGUGCUCGUUGCUGCAAAUUCUCCGUCUGCUGGUGGCAUUCUCCGCUGAAGCCUUCCCUUCUGCAGCCUUCCUCUGACACGGAGAAAGAUGAGAAAAGUGCAUUGCCUAUUUUCAAAGAGUUUAGCUUAGAGGAGCUGAAGGCAGCCACUGCUGGUUUUUCGACUGAUAAUAUUGUGUCGGAGCAUGGGGAGAAGGCUCCUAAUGUUGUUUAUAAAGGGAGGCUUCCUGAUGAUUGCUGGAUUGCUGUUAAGCGGUUCACCAGGGCUGCUUGGCCUGAUUCUCACCAGUUCAUUGAGGAAGCAAGAUUGGUUGGGAAACUGAGAAGUGAGCGGUUAGCGAAUCUAAUUGGAUUUUGUAGUGAUGGACAUGAGAGGUUGCUGGUGGCAGAGUUCAUGCCUAAUGACACACUGGCUAAACAUUUAUUCCACUGGGAGAGUCAGCCUAUGAAAUGGGCUAUGAGAUUAAGAGUGGCUUUGUAUUUAGCUCAAGCUUUAGAAUGUUGCAGCAGUAAUGGAAGGGCUCUAUACCAUGAUUUAAAUGCUUACAGAGUAUUGUUUGAUCAGGAUUGCAAUCCAAGGCUCUCUUGCUUCGGUCUAAUGAAGAACAGCAGAGAUGGCAAGAGUUACAGCACAAACUUGGCUUUCACUCCUCCAGAAUACUUGAGAACUGGAAGAGUGACCCAGGAAAGUGUAAUUUACAGCUUUGGCACAUUGAUGUUAGAUCUUCUAAGUGGCAAACAUAUUCCGCCAAGCCAUGCUUUAGACCUCAUUCGUGGAAAGAACUUCCUAAUGCUUAUGGAUUCUUGUCUGGAGGGCCAUUUUACAAACGAUGAUGGAACUGAGUUGAUGCGACUAGCUACACGCUGUCUGCAGUAUGAAGCCCGUGAGAGGCCAAACACAAAGUCUAUUGUCACAGCUCUCAUAUCCCUUCAAAAGGAAACAGAGGUACCAUCGCGUGAAUUAAUGUGUAUUUCAAAUGAAGAUGCAAACUCAUCAGAACCAUUGUUAUUGACACCAAUGGGUGAAGCUUGCUUGAGAAUAGAUUUGACAGCUAUACACGAGAUAUUGGAUAAAAUUGGAUACAAGGAUGAUGCAGGAAUUGCCAAUGAGCUAUCUUUUCAAGUGUGGACAGACUUGAUGCAGGAGACAUUGAAUUCAAAGAAGCAAGGAGAUUCUGCUUUUCGUGCAAAGGAUUUCACAAAUGCAAUCGAAUGCUACACACAGUUCAUUGAUGGAGGGACAAUGGUAUCACCGACAGUUUUUGCUAGGCGUUGCUUAUCAUAUCUAAUGACGGACAAGCCACAACAAGCUCUUGGAGAUGCUAUGCAAGCCCAGGUAGUGUCUCCCGAGUGGUCAACUGCAUUUUAUCUGCAGGCAGCUACCCUCUUCAAACUCGGCAUGGACACUGAUGCACAAGAAUCACUUAAAGAGGCCACAAAUUUGGAAUCCAAAAGAAACAAAAAAUGACAGUGUAUAAUUCCUCAAUUCCUGUCUCAGGUUUCUAAUAGUCUCUUGUAUUUAUAAGUCUAUCUGUUUGUUUAUUCAGAGAGUAUGUUUUAAAAGUUUGUUUAUUUGAAUUAUUUUUUCCAUGGAAAAGUUUAUGUACUUUGCA